AUGGAACUCGUCGCUCGCGGCCUAGGAUAUCGGUACCCCGGGACGAGCAAGGACGUGCUUCACGACAUCAACCUCACCAUCAAGCCCGGUACGACCUUCGCUAUCGUCGGCGUAAACGGCGGAGGGAAGACAACCCUCGUCAAAGCUUUGAUGGGUCUAUACGACCAUCAAGGCUCGCUCUUCCUCAACGGUCACCCCAUGGCCGCCUACGAUCCCGUCACGGUCCAUCGGCGGACUUCCUGCCUAUUCCAGGACUUUUGCAAGUACUCGUUCAGCCUGCGCGAGAAUGUUGGGAUCGGGAACGUGAGCAAGGUGGAGGAUGGCGAGGCGGUUUCAGAUGCUAUUGAGAGAGGCGGGGCACGGGGUGUGCUGGGGAAGGUGGGGAUGGAGGGAAAGCUCAACCGGUCUGGCGCCUUGCAAGGACUUCGAGCAGAACGGGCCAGUCUCAGUGGGGGCCAGUGGCAGAAAGUUGCCCUCAGCCGCAGUUUCAUGCGGGCAAGCGAGGCUGAUCUGGUGGUCUUCGAUGAGCCUUCGGCCAGUCUGGACCCUCGCGCGGAAGCUCAGCUGUUCGAGCGGAUUCAUGCGCUCAGUCAUCAGAACGGGAGAAGGUGCACUACUAUCUUCAUUUCCCAUCGAUACUCUACCGUCAAGCGGGCAGAUCAGAUUGCAGUUGUCGAAGAUGGAACUAUCGUCGAGUGUGGGUCGCACGCCGAGCUGAUGGAAAUGGAAGGGCGGUACGCGGAGCUCUACAAUCUCCAGCGAAGCGGUUUCGAUGACUAG